UGGCCCAGAAUAUUGAAUCCCAACACUCCCGACAUUGCCAGUUUUGCAGCCAAAGCGCCCACUAUUUAUCAACCAGGCUCUCAACUCUCAACAGGUACCUAAACAUCAUGGCGCAUGGUGGCUUUAACUUCGUUGGCCUUUCGAUCCCAAUAAUCACCUCCGGCUAUUACGACGUCGUGUCGGAUGACGACGACGACGACGAUGACCAGAACAUAAGUCCAUAUGGCCUCGGGCCCAAGAAAUGCGCCGUGUGUGCGAAACAGGGCCCCGCGCCCUUGAUUGUGUGCAGCAGUUGCAAGGUCGUCUUUUACUGCGGCACCGCCCACCAAGCAAUUGACCAACCUCAGCACAGCUCCCCCUGUUCCGCCAUCAAGAGGACCCGCGAGAAGCUACAUGGCAAAGAUGAAGCAUUUCGAGCCGGAUAUUGCGAUUCACGCCACUACAUGAAGGCGAUAUUCGCUACCGCACACGCCCUCCUCAAAAUCGACACCGUGCCUGCCAUGGAGCAAGCCCUCGCCCACUUCAGCGACGUGCUUCGUUUCGACGGGGGCGACAAGCUGGGUGUGGAGAACAUUGUCCCUGGCCUUCUGCUCCGUCUCGGGCGUGAGCAGGAAUGCUACGACUUUCUCAAGGGAUGGGCCCUGAUGGACUACACCGGCAUCCGCGGGGCUGACGCUUUCGAGCCCAUCGACCUGUUCUUCUCGCGGGAAGAUCUAAGCCUCAGCCAUCUCGCAAUUCUCACCCUUCUGAAGCUGCGUCUAUAUCUCGACCUCGAACAGGUUGGUCGGUCUGACUACCACAAUGAUGAAGACGAACUGUUUGGGCGACCUCUGGGAAGCCUUGUUCGAGCACGAAUGCGAUCCCGCCGAAACGUGUCGGCAACCGCUGCGGUGGUGGAACGUCAGUAUCGCAAGCUCUGUCAAGUGGUGGACGAUGUUAAUCCGUACUUUUGGGAAGCUUUGGUUGAUGGAGAUAUUCCGCCUCUGCCGGAUUCUUGCCGCUUUGGGACCGUUGAGGAGGCGCAUCUGGCUGUACAUCAAUGCCGAGCGGCCUGGCACGAAAGCGAGGAUGCCAUCGUCAUGGCUGGCUCGGAUACCGCGCAGUUCACGUCAGUUUACGGGGGUCGACUUGCUGGUGCGGGUGCCGGGGCGGGUGACCCGCACUGGCAGGGCGACGAAGCAUUGAAGAGAGCAAACAACUUGCCGAAGGACCGGGCUACCGGAGACGUCUUUCCAUCUAAGUUCCAGCCACCGCUGCCGACAUCGCACCCGACCAACCUCUUCCCACCCACUCCCACAGGCCCUCAGCAGACCUUGCGGUUCGUCGGCCGAAACGACCAAACAACAGCUCUUGUGUACACCGACGGCGCUUGCGCAAACAAUGGACAGACGAACCCUCGCGGGGGCUGGGCGAUGGUGUUGGGUCCGGCUUAUGGUGGCGAGGGUUCCAUCGUGUCCGGCCGACUCGAGGAGACGGGCCCGUUUGACGACAGCCAAGAUUGUGUGGCGACGAGCAACCGGGCCGAGCUGCGCGCGGCCAUCGCUGCGCUACGCCUCCGGGCUUGGGAGAAGGAGGGCCUGUGCAGCAUCGUUAUUGCAACCGACUCAUCUUAUGUGGUCGAAGGCGCCACCGACUGGGUAAGGGCCUGGGUGCGCAACGGGUGGAGGACGCGCAAGGGCGGACACGUCAAGAACAGGGAUCUUUGGGACCUCUUGUUGGGAGAGGUGGAAAGAUGGGUUGCCCAAGGUGGGCGUGUGGCGUUUUGGAAAAUCCCAAGGGAGCUCAACGGCAAUGCCGACGGAGCUGCAAAAGCGGCUGCCCACGGCAGACCAUCUGUGAUGGCGUUUACCGAUCCUGUCGAAUCCGACGCACAACCCUCUGCUCUCCUACUCUACCUGGAGCACGAGUCUCUCUUCGACACUGUUCAUGGACACCUAGCUACUCGUAUCGCUGCGAAGGCUAAGAUGGAAGGGGCCACGACCGUAGAGGCCGCCCUUGCCAUCCUCGGCAGACGGGCCCCACCGUCGAUUAUCCUCGUCGCCGAUGGAGCUAUAACCAGGCACCGGAAGGUCUGUGAGGCCGUUAUGGACUGUCUCCGUGGUGGCUCCACUGUUGUUCUGGCUGGCUGUUUCAGCAGCAUGGUGAGCAGUGGCGAGUUCAAUCGUUUCUUUGCCAGGAUUGGACUCCCCUGGCAACAGGGAUUGUACGAACGGAAGAUGGUCGACCUUGGCCGCAAUGUUGUUCAUGCCCGCCUAGCGAGCCGGCUGCCCUCUACAUACAGCCAAAAGGCCGUAUUUGUGAAGAAAGUGGCGCCAUCAGCGGCAUGGUACACCCUAAGCGGAUCAUCUGGUCAGACGGCUAUGGCAUUCGCACAGGUUGGUCUGGGUAGGCUUGGCUAUGUUGGGGAUGUGAAUGGUGAGGAUGUCUCGGAUAUGGUGGUCCUGGCCAUGUGCGGACUGCUGGGCUAAUCAGUGUCGUCAUCCUAGGGGAUUGACUUCAUAUAUUAACUACUGGCAUUAUCUCUAUCUAAACCAUUAUUCAUACCAACUACGUAAACUACACACCCAUGACAGGUAG